AUGGUGACGGGCGCGCUCGCCGCCAGCAUCCCGUGGUACACCAUGAUGAUCCCGCACAAGCGCUCCAAGAUCCCGAAGCAAGUGGACGACACCCUCGGCGUCAUCCACACGCACGGCGUCGCGGGCCUGCUCGGCGGCCUGCUCACGGGCCUCUUCGCGGAGCCCACCCUGUGCAACCUCUUCCUCCCGGUGACCAACUCCAAGGGAGCCAUCUACGGCGGCGUCGGCGGCGCGCAGUUUGGGAAGCAACUCGCGGGCGCGCUCUUCAUCAUCGGCUGGAACGUGGUCGUCGCGUCUAUCAUCUGCGUCGCCAUCAACUUGGUCGUCCCGCUGCGCAUGCCCGAGGACAAGCUCGAGGUCGGCGACGACGCCGUGCACGGCGAGGAGGCGUACGCGCUGUGGGAGGACGGCGAGCUGUACGACAUCACCAAGCACGGCGGCCACGGUACGCGCGCCGCCGUUGCGCCGGUAUCAAUUACCCCAAACUGA